AAGCGACGAUUUUUUAAGUUAGUUGAAAGCAAACUUAUAGCUAAUAUGUUGCGUGCUCAGCGUCCUGUUAUGGUUAUAAGCCAAAAUGUCAAGAGAGAAGAAGGUUCCUGCAUUCAAAUUCAGAACAUUAACGCUGCGAAAGCUGUUUGUGAAGUAAUUCGAACUUGCCUGGGGCCAAAAGCAAUGUUGAAGAUGUUAUUAGAUCCGAUGGGAGGCAUUGUUUUAACUAACGAUGGGAAUGCUAUUCUUAGAGAAAUUGACGUUUCUCAUCCAGCAGCAAAGUCCAUGGUGGAAAUUUCAAGAACUCAAGAUGAAGAAGUCGGUGACGGAACGACUUCCGUUAUAGUUUUAGCUGGUGAAGUACUAUCCGUUUCAGAGCCGUUUCUCGAACAAAAAAUUCAUCCUACCGUCAUCUGCCGAGCGUACUCAAAAGCUUUAGAUGAUAUUUUGGAAAUUGUAGACUCUAUUGCCGUUCCAAUUAAUGUUAGUGAUAAGAAGUUUAUGAAGGCGAUUGUUAAAAGUUGUAUUGGCACUAAAUUAGCGAAAGGUUGGGACGACAUGAUUUGCGAUAUUGCGCUUAAAACGGUGGAUAUGAUCCAUGUGGACGCCCACGGACGUCACGAGAUAGACCUGAAGCGCUACGCCAAAAUUGAAAAGAUCCCUGGUGGCACCGUUGAAGAGUGUAGCGUGUUAGACGGCAUUAUGCUUAAUAAAGACAUCACGCAUCCGAAAAUGCGACGGCGCAUUGAGAAUCCGCGCAUAGUACUUCUUGAUUGUCCUUUGGAGUAUAAAAAAGGCGAGUCGCAAACCAACAUUGAGCUUAUGAAAGGAAGCGAUUGGGCCACUAUACUGGCUCAGGAAGAAGAGCUGGUUAAAAAAAUGUGCGAUGACAUUAUUGCUGUGAAGCCCGAUCUCGUUUUUACUGAAAAGGGCGUAUCCGAUCUCGCGCAGCACUAUUUUGUCCAAGCCGGUAUUACGGCUAUUCGGAGGCUUCGGAAAAGCGAUAACAACCGCCUUGCACGUGCUUGUGGCGCUAGAAUUGUGUCGAGGCCUGAAGAGCUAAGCGAUUCUGACGUUGGCACGGCAGCGGGCCUUUUUGAAGUCAAAAAAAUUGGCGACGAUUAUUUCUCGUUUGUUACUGGCUGCCAAGAGGCAAAGGCAUGCACUAUCUUACUACGCGGGCCUUCAAAGGAUCUUCUUAUGGAGCUUGAAAGAAAUCUGCAGGAUGCUCUGCACGUAUCGAAAAAUAUAGUCCUUGACCCGCGCCUUUUGCCAGGCGGAGGCGCUACGGAAAUGGAGCUUGCUAGUCGCCUCCAAGCUAAAGCCAAUCAAAUUGAGGGCAUUGAGCAGUGGCCAUACCGAGCCAUUGCACAGUCGCUGGAGGUGAUUCCCAGGACUCUCGCCCAGAAUUGCGGCUCCUAUGUUGUCCGCACCAUCACGGAGCUGAGUGCCAAGCACUCGGAAGAAGGCCACGUAUUUGUGGGCAUUGAUGGAGAGAGCGGUCAACUGGCGGAUAUGAGAUCUCUGGGCGUCUGGGAGCCAGUCGCAGUGAAAAAUUCCAUUUAUAAAACAGCCAUUGAGUCUGCUAAAAUGCUGUUGCGCAUAGACGUGAUUGUUUCAGGAAUGAAAGCUAAAAAGAAGGAUUAA